AUGAAUGAAGAAUGUGAUGUGUUGAAAAGUACGCUUAAAACAUCAACUUCCAGUAAUUGCAGUUCAUUUAACGAGCUUCUAAAAAGAAUUUCUAGUUUGAGGCAAAAUCAGUUUACCUUUGAUAAAGGUUUCGAAGUUAUCUCAAGUCAUGAACGGAAGUGGUGCAAACUUUUUGCCGAUUUUAUUGCUGGAAACGCUUACUGCAAUGCGAAAAACUGUGCUGCACACAGCGAUGAUAUGCUUUGGUAUGUAUCUAUGCAGCAAAUCAGUCGAGACUUUUGCAUUGGUCAGGAAGGAAGCCAGCUUCUAGUAUACAGACGUCAAAGUCCAAAUAAACCCGUACUCAAUGAUCCUUCGAUAAACUGGGAAGAAACAGUUUGUUUAAACCUCAUCCUUCAACAGUUGGAUUUCCAAGUUACUUGUGCCGUUUGUAUUAAAACUAGCCCACAGAAUUUGCAAAUUUUGCGUAAAAAUUGUCAACGAGUAUACCCAUCACCAAGUAAACGAAGGAUGGAUAGCAAGGGUGAAUGCGAAGAAAUCACUUAUCCAAAAAUCUAUUUUGCGAUAGAUAACUUUGAGCAGAUCUUUAGUGAUGUAGUUGUUCGUGAUGGUGAAUGCGUUUGCGUUGAACUGGUAGCGAAGGAUAGAUGCAAAAAUAGCGAAGCGGUUAUCUUUCUCGGUUCAAUUCGAUACGAAGUUCUGAAGCAAGCGUACGAUGCACGGGCAUCUUUCUCGUGGCAGUGGACACAGAAGUUCAUCACACCGAAUCAGCGACGCCGUGAAUUCGUUCGAAUGAGAGGACCACAUGGGAAAGGAUAUGCAGAAAUGGCGGUCAUGCGUCUGCCAAACUGUGGCUACGAAACUCCUGUUUCAGAACAAAUAUUGAGCUUUGAUGGUCUAGGGCAGUGUGGGAUACGACGCAUGUCUGAUACGAAUUUAAGUCAUUAUCCACAACGACUGAUGGUAACGUCUGGAUUAUCAAAUGAGCAUGAUGCCAGUAAAGGACGACGCUGGCAAAGUGAAACAGACACUCUGAAUCAAUGUCGAGAAGUUGAAGCUAGCAGUAUCGACGAUGUGCUAAAUGAGGGCGUGAUGAGUCGUCUGUGGUCAGUUCGAGGCUUUGGCCAAGCAUGGCAUUGGCUUCGAGAGAAGCGAAGGGCUGAAAGCACUCCAUUGAAUGCAUUCCUGACAUACAUCACACUUCCAUGGUCGACAGUCCUUGAUGAUUUGCUUAUGGAACGACCUCGUCGACCAAUUCUCACUUUUGAUUUAGGUAAUUUAGAAGUGAAGUCCGAUCAGUAA